AAUCCGCUCCUCUUCAGUUGACCAGCGUCGCAACUGGGCGAUGCACCUCCAGAAGACCCUCUGCCUUAUUAUCUGUGGAAGAUUUUAAAUUCACCUCACCCAAACCAGAGAGUCACAUUUCUUUUGUUUUGUCUUUUGCUGUUUUUUGUUUUUAUUUCAGUAGUGUAAUUUUGACAGAAACUAUUUCUUCGACAUGGUUUUUGGUUUAACCUGAAAACUGAUUACUUCAUUCGUUGCAGAGCUACUAAUUCCAACAUUUAUUUUAUCUUGAAAAGAGACGGUUUACAACUGAUAACUCCGUGGGAGAUGUUACAAGGAGAGCCGCACAAACUGGCUUGAUUUGGGUGAUUUCUGUUCUUGAAGACAUCGAGAGCAUCUUCUGACAAUCUACAGAAGCGACGGAGGCGCAGGUAACAGGCGGGCACCAAUCUUUAGUCACCAUGCUUUCUCUGGACGAGCCGCUGGACCUGAAGCUUCCCUCUGGACGAACAGUUGGUCCUGUGAAGUUUGGAAAGAGGUCCUUUCCUUCACUAAUAUGUGCUCCUGUCCACGCCACACGACCGCGCCUGCAGUGUACGACCUUCCCAUCACCACCUUCCUCACCAGAUUCCCAAUCUUCUCAGGAACGACACGGGUCCUGCUUCACCCCUCCAGCCAUGGACCUCAGCAUGUCCCCGUCUUCUCAACGUGCCCUCUCCCUCUCUCCAUCUCCCUCCUCCCCAUCCUCCCCCUGCCCUCCCUCACCCUUAGAGUCUCCACACAGAAGCGGCAGCCCUCAGCCACAUCUCUUUUCUCGGGAAGCGCCUUGGCAUCACAGUGUUGAAGGUGGAGCCUCCCAGCCUGGAUUUCCAUUUUACCUCCCGAUGAGAAGCCUCCAGAGGGGCUACACCUUUCCCUCUUCUGUGUUCAUCAGUCAUUACAGAGAGAAGCCUGUUUCCCCUGAGCCCUCACAGGAUAGUCAGCUGGCCUGUCGAUGGAGGAAGUGUCACCUGCUUUUCGACUCACUGCAGGAGCUGGUAGAUCACAUUAACGACUUCCACGUCAAGCCUGAGAAAGAUUCUGGUUACUGCUGUCAGUGGGAGGGCUGUGCUCGCAAUGGGAGAGGCUUCAACGCAAGGUACAAAAUGCUGAUUCACAUCCGCACCCAUACCAACGAGAAGCCGCACCACUGUCCCACCUGCAACAAGAGCUUUUCACGUCUGGAAAACCUGAAGAUUCACACCCGCUCACACACAGGUGAAAAGCCUUACAUUUGUCCAUAUGAAGGCUGCAACAAACGCUACUCAAACUCAAGUGACCGCUUCAAGCACACCCGCACCCAUUAUGUGGACAAGCCUUACUGCUGCAAGAUGGUGGGCUGUUUGAAACGCUACACAGAUCCCAGCUCACUACGUAAGCACAUCAAGGCCCACGGGCACUUUGUGGCCCAGGAGUCGGGCCCCUCUACCCGGCCACGGACGGCAAUGGGGGUGGGGUUCUCCGGGCACCAGAGCACCACUGAGCUACCCUCUGUAGGUGGGGGGCACGUUAUCCUUCCAGGGACUGCUGCAGCUCUCCUUGGGGGUCUCGGAACAUCGUUGCCCCUCUCUGCCCUCUGCAACUCCAGGGUGUUAGACCAUCAUAGAGCACCAAUCUUCUCUAUGAGUGGAGGAGGGCGCUGUGGUAUUGGGCCGCUUGGCCUUUCUGACCCCACGCUGCUACACCUCAGACUCUCGGCUGCAUCCAUGCUGGGGCUGGGAGCUCUGGGCCAGGUGAAAGGAAAAGAGCCUGAGGGGGAUGAUGAAAAUGAGACAAAAAAAGAGGGCGAGGCUCUUAACCUGUCUGUAGGAGUCGGACCCAGACCGAGGGAUCCUUUGUCUUGGGUGGUUGUUCCCUCAAACACAUUUUUCCUUAAACCAACAGCGGUAAGCUAGGAUGUACAGGCACUGUGAACAUGUGUUAGUGUUUAGCUCACAGUGCUGAAGAAGCUCAACACAGAAUCACAGAGUUUAAUGGAACCAAGUCACAUCCCAGCAUGGCUUGCUUGCACAUUUAAAAAAUCUGGUAUUAUUGGAUUAAUUUAGUUGCAUACAGUGCUGUGCAAAGGUUUUAGGUAGGUCUGGAAAAAUGCUGUAAACCAAGAAUGCUUUCAAAAUUUCUCCACAGUGAUUUAUACCAAAUGUAUGAUGGCAAUUGUUGCUUUCAAGGGUGGAACAACAGAGCAAUGAUGUAUUGCUUAGGGUCAGCUUGAUUUGGAUACAUUUUCACUGCAAAUACAUGCAACUAUCAUUGGGAAACUGCAUUUUCUAUGUAAUAACAUUUUCUUAUAAUAAAAUGUGUGAUGAUCCAAAACAUUUAAAUUUGACAAAAAAAGGAAGAACAUAAGACAUUUUUAGGGGGCAGGCUUGUUCUUUGCACUGUAUUGUUAGCAUUUAAUUGGUAUAACUGGUUGAUCAUACACCAGACUGUUAUCCCACAAAGUCCCUAGCUCUGUGUUAGUGUACAGAAAAUAAUUAAAGCUAGCUUAAAGGCCACAAUUAUGUAUAAGUUGAAGGCAUUUUUAUUUUACAUGGAUUCUUUCCACACCCAUUUAUAAUAUUUGCACAGCUCUUUAUAUCCCUUUCCUUAACUUUAUUUUCUUUCAAUCGCUGAACACAUUUAUCACAGAAAUAUGACAAAUUGACUGUCUCUCUGUACUCAUAAAACAGUGGUAAAAUAAUUGCAGUACAGCUAAAAUAUAAAUUUUAUCUGAUGGUGUUAAACAAUUUCAUAUUGAAGAUCUGCCUUUUUAGCGCCAAUUACCUAAUUAUAUUGUCAUUCGAAUUUAACAGAUUUGAAUUACUUUUAAAGGUGGUGACACCACUUUGCCAAAAACAUAAUCGAUAUCAGAAAUUGUGCGGCUUCACGCAAUACUUAUGAGAUGCUUUGGAGAUUAAUCGGCACAUCAGUAUGGUUAGAGAAUGGGUUCACAGCCUUUUUACGUCAAAAAUCAGCAGCAACAGCUGUGCCACGUUAAAGAGGUGUCGUGGCUUUUGUUCAGUACAAAAAGACUGUGAAAAGCACACCUGAGAACUCUCCUCAGCCUACAACUAGAAACCUAAUAAGCUCUCUGGAGAAUACCGAAAGAUCAAAUGACAUAUAUAAUUUAUAAUCUAGUUAACUAGAGGUUUGACUUGCCAAGCAGUACUCUUACUGUGGGUCUCAGCUGCUUUGUUGCUUACUUUAUUUUAUAGCUCUGAAUUGAAUUUUGUAACUGCAUUGCAUCAUGGAGAGUCAAAAACUGCAUCAUAGUACAGACGACAUUGUGAUUCUUUUUUUUAGAUCACAACAGGAAAAUAAAAUAAGUGGACCCAACUGAAUGUAGGGUGAUGGUUAACUCCUGUAUUUAGGAGUAUUUUUUAAAGCUUAUAUGUUGCCGCAUUCAAAGACAAUGAUCUAGGCGGGAUCGGCCCAGCAUCUUUAAAUGACCGAGCAUUAUGAAAGACAAAGGUGUGUGUGUUGGUGCACAUCUGCUUCAGGUAAAUGUUUUAAUAUUGAGAUAGACAGAUAAUGAGAUGCUGAAAGACAGUUAACCUUCACAGUCCCUCAGUGUGUAGAAAAUAUCCAACACCAUAUUAAAGACAAUCUGCAUAGUUGCAUGUUGCUGCAUGUUAGGAUGUUUGGUAUUGUUUUUCUUAAACCAGCACACACUGCCAGCCAAUGUGCCCAAACUGUACUGGUAAUAUUAUCACAGUUAUUUACUUGUUUGUUGCUGUAUGGAAUGAGUACAUUUUAUUAUUUUUUUCAAAUAUAGGGAAUAAUUUGAAGCACCAAUUAAAACAAAGAUAUUGCCAAAGAUGCUGAAAAAAUAAGAUUUCUUUAAAAAAACAAAAAAACUGUUUGACAAUGGCCACAGCCGGCCAGUAUCUGUGCUCUUUUAUCCUCUUUGCACAUGAUUUUAUAGUAAUCAGUAUAUCAAAGUGCCUUGUGUUUCAUCUGAAUUAUAUAAACUGAAAAUGAUUUACUCAUGUGUACAAGUGUUAAAGUGUACUUUGUUUUUUACUGACAGCAGAUGUUAGCUGGACAUCAGGGCUCGUUGAAACACUUUUUAAUCAACACCACCUGUGUUGAUUAUCUGACUUUGACACCACCAAUAAAUGUCAAUAAAAAUGUAGAAAGAAAAUCACAA